AUGCCUCUCACGUUGUACGACAAAAUCUACCAAGAGCACUUGGUAAAUCCUGACGACAAGACGGCACCACUCUUGUACGUCGAUUCACAUCUGAUUUUCGAAGUCCCAACCGCUCAGGCAUUCGAUGGCCUCAAAAAGAACAAGCGACCAGUACGGAGGGCGGACUUGACCUUGGCCACAGUUGAUCACAAUGUUCCAACGGAUGAUCGGUCUCGGUACCAGGAUGCAGCCUCUUUUGUUCAAGAGCCACAAGCCAGAACCCAGAUCACCUUGCUUGAGAAGAACGUCAAAGAGUACAACAUCAAGUACUUUGGCAUGCCAGACCGCCGGCAAGGCAUUGUCCAUGUAGUAGGCCCAGAGCAAGGACUGACUCUCCCGGGAACCACACUUUUCUGUGGAGAUUCGCACACUCCUACCCACGGAGCCGUAGGCGCUUUGGCUGUCAGCGGAGGAACUUCAGAUAUUGAACAUGUGUUGGCCACCCAGACUGUGCUCCAGAAGAAGUAUAAGAACUUCCGCGUUCGUGUCGAAGGUGAACUUGGUCUCGGUGUCUACUCCAAAGACAUCAUCUUACAUUUGCUCGGUAAAAUUGGGACAGCGGGAGCAACUGGGUGUGUCAUUGAAUUCUGUGGCUCCACAAUUCAAAAUCUGUCCAUGGAGGCAAGAAUGGUGCUGUGCAAUAUGAGCAUCGAAGGAGGUGCUCGCAGCGGACUCGUGGCACCUGAUGAAGUCACCUUCGAAUAUCUGAAGGGCCGACCUCUUGUUCCUUCUGGGGCAGACUGGGACAAGGCACUUGCAUACUGGAAAACGUUGUACAGCGACGAGGAUGCUCACUGGGAUUACACUGUCGACAUAAAUGCCGCCGACAUAGUGCCUUCAAUCACCUGGGGGACCUCGCCAGACGAUGUCAUCCCGGUCAAUGGCAAAAUCCCAGAUCCAGCUGACUAUGAAGAAAAAGAACCGUUCAAAGCAGCUGCGAUCCGCCGGGCGCUCAAAUACAUGGACUUGAAGCCGAACAUGCUAGCGACAGAUAUCAAGAUCGAUCGUGUCUUUAUCGGAUCCUGUACGAAUUCGAGAAUUGAGGACCUUAGGGCUGCAGCAAGAGUAGCCCAAGGGAGAAAAGUCGCAGAUUCGGUGUAUGCCAUGGUCGUUCCAGGUUCGGGACUGGUCAAGAAGCAAGCAGAAAAUGAAGGCUUGGAUGUUAUUCUGAAAGCCGCUGGGUUUGACUGGCGAGAGGCUGGCUGUUCCAUGUGUCUGGCCAUGAACCCUGAUGUCCUCGCUCCUGGAGAGCGAUGUGCCUCGACGACAAACAGGAAUUUUGAAGGAAGACAAGGUCCUGGUGGCCGAACUCAUCUCCUGUCUCCAGCCAUGGCAGCAGCAGCAGCUAUCAAAGGCCACUUUACCGACGUGAGGGAAUUCUUGACCUCACAGAAUGGGUCACUGAAAGUGACCCAGUUGACGCUCAAUGGUGAAAAGGUAAAGAGUUAUGGUCCAAUUGAGGUGACCUCAGGCGCUGCCACCUCUGCAACCGCCGACGAAGACGAUGCAAUUCCGAAACGACCAUCGGAAGAAGCCAAGCGCAGCGUGGAAGGAAUCCCCAGGUUUGACGUGGUCCGGUCUGUGCCCGCUCCCUUCGACAUGCAAAAUAUCAACACCGACCUUGUGAUCCCUGGAGAAUACCUUAAAACCACAAAACGAACCGGUCUAGGCCCGCAUCUGUUUCAGGAACUUCGAUAUGACAGCACUACACAUGAGGAGGUACCCGAAUUUGUCCUGAAUCAGGAUCCUUAUCGCCAAUCUAAGGUUCUGGUCUGUACUGGAGAGAACUUUGGCUGCGGCUCUUCAAGGGAGCAUGCUGUCUGGGCGUUGGUCGACUUUGGUUUCCGCUGCGUCAUCGCGCCCUCGUUCGCGUCCAUAUUCUUCAACAAUUCCGGCAAGAAUGGGCUGCUGGCCAUUCCUCUUGACAAUGCAGAGGCCUUGCGGAAAAUCCAUGCUGAAGGCCUGGCCAGACGUGAGGUUGAAGUGGAUUUGCCCAACCAGGAGAUCAAGGACGCCAAUGGCAAGUUGAUUGCAACAUUCGAGAUGGAUCCAUACACAAAGCACUGCUUGGUCAACGGUCUGGACGACAUAAGCAAUACGCUCUUGAGCGAAGAAAAGAUCUAUGACUUUGAAAUCAAGCAGAAGUCAAAGUUUCCAUGGUUGUUCGGUCGCAUCCGGAAACUCCAGCCUCCGAGGCGUCUCGGUCUUUAUCUCCCCAGCGCGAAAGAUGUCUUCGACUGGUAG